CUAACUUUGGUGUUUAAGGUGUGACACUGAAUAAUAAGAGAUAAUAUUUCGGCUGAAAAUACAACGAAUAUCAUAGAAAGAAAUAUGAGUAAGCUGCUUAGUUCACUAACAAAGCCGAUAACUGUGCCUGUGGCGAUGUGUGCACGCAACGUAGCUAAGAUGGAUGAAGCGCUUAAACGCCACAUUACUGCUUAUGAGGCUACUGGUAGGGAUGUUUGCGAGGGCGUUUGGCGUGAAUACAUUUCUUGGCAAAUCCGACUACUUCCAUAUCGUUUCAAUAAACUCAAAGCCGAAUGUAGAGGUCUUGUAUCAGGAGAUUACCCCCUAUCGGGCGUCGGUUUCAAAGACUUCGUUUCUCUUGCCCGCUUUGCGACAAACUGUCUCGUAAUCUUCAUUGUCUCUGUCAUGGUGGCGCGUUAUUCCAUUUUCCCUCUUCUUGAACCAGACUCCCCAUUUGUCGAAGAAGUGCUAAAUAGUUGGCAAAUUAACCUCAUCAAUAAAUUCUCUGAUGAACCAAGAAAUUCACUGAAACUUUUAUUGAAGAAUACGAGCUGAGCAUAUUUGGAUCAUCAGCACGCAGUAAGGCAUUAUUUGCUGGAGUAAAAAACGCAAUAUGGUAAACUCAGAAAAUAUGAUUUGAUAUCAGUGGUAGAAAUGUAAAUCUUCCUUCCUUCAAUCGUUUAACUGUUGAAUUAUGAAUAUGCUUAUGGGGUAGUAAAA